AUACUAACCCAUGUGGUACUCCUGCAGGCUGUGCCUUGACACUGGAGUUGCAGGAGGCGGAGGUACUAACCCAGAUGGUACUCCUGCAGGUUGUGGCUUGGCACUAGAGUUGCAGGAGGUGGAGGUACCGGAGUUUAAGGUACGGGGGUCGCGAGCGGAGCUUUCAUGUCACUACAACUUGGGGAACGCCACGCUCUACAGCCUUAAGUGGUACAGAGGAGACAAGCUCUUCUAUCAGUACAUCCCCACCAAUAACGUCACCAAGAACGCCUUCGCUGUAUCCGGAUUCAACGUCGACGUGGAGUGUAGUAAUGGCGUGACGGUGGUGUUACGAGACCUGGAGCUGCUAGCCACUGGUACUUACAGAUGUGAAGUAAUCACUGAAGCACCUGUCUUCCAUACUAAGUUUGGUGAGGGCAACAUGACUGUGAUAGACCUGCCAGAGAGUGCUCCAGUGUUGGAGGGAGCCAAGAGCAGCUACCAGCUGGGUGAACGAGUCUCUGUCAACUGCACAUCCCUCUACUCCAAGCCUGCAGCCUCACUUGAGUGGUUCAUUAAUGAUCAAAUUGUGACGCAGCCACGCUACCUGAGACGGUACAAGCCACAGAGGGAAGCAGAUGACCUGGAGACCGCUGUGCUGGGCCUCGUCUUCGUCACUUCCCGCACUCACUUCCCCGGGGAAUGCGUCUCAAAGCGUAGCAAGAUUCGCUAA